AAGUAAUUCAAGAUUAGAAAAGUGUUGGUCGAGAAAAUUAAGCAUGGAAACCCAAAAAACCAAGAAAGAAGCUUUAAUAUUAGGAAAACCAAUAAAAGAAUGGGCUUUUUGGAUUAUUGUUGCCUUUCUAGCAAGUCUUACAAUUAAAGAUAUUGUUAAUUUGGUAACUGAAUAUUGUAAACAUCCCAAAAAAUCAGAUAUGAGUGUUCGUUUUAAUGAAACAAUGAAAAUGCCUAAUAUAACAUUUUGUAUGAGUAGAGAACAAGCAUGGAGUCAUUUUAAGUUAAACAGUACAGAAAAUAAACAAUUAUGGGACAAAACAAUAGCUACUCAAUUAGCUAAUAUGACCAAAAAAGAAGAUUUCCUUUCAAAACAAUGGGAUUAUAGAAUAGUUAUGGAAACAUAUAAUUUGAUAUCAACACUAACAAGUAUGGAAAGAGAAACAACAGCACAUGGAACUGUCGCUUCUAUUGAAAAAUAUAAUACACAAUCUAGGCUUGAAGAAAUUAGAAAAUUGUCAAAGUUUUGGUUGGGGGAAAUACAGAAGAGACAAGUUAGUUUUGAAGAGUUUGUUCAAAAAGUUGGAAAGGAAACAUUGCGUCGUUCACUUCAACGCUUUCAAAGGACAACUUAUGAUGAAGAUGAAGUAAUAAGUACACAAUUAAAAAUAACUUGGUUAUCACAAGUUCAACUUUGGUAGUAAAACAUUUAAAAAUCGCAAACUUAAAAAUCAAACAAAAAAUCAAGCAAAAGACGUA